CUUUGUUGAUCUCUAAAGAGCUGAGUCUGUAAAGACGGAUUUUCUACAAUUGACAAAACAACUUGAGAGGGAAAAUCUCCUUGGAACAAGCCCAAGAGAGGAGAUGUUGAGACAACUGGACAGAGGAGCAAGCAAGAGUAGAGUACAACUCCCUGAACCUGAAAAAAGAAACAGAGUUCACCAAUCAUCAAAACAAAGCAUUGGAAGGAAUGAACUGCAGUUCUGGACAGCAGCUAUCAACCAAUCCUUGUAUAUUGCAUGGCAAAAAAUAGAGAGACAACUAAUAAUCAUCAUGUCUUUUCUCGUUACUGCUCUCUGGUAUUGCAGAAGGCUGUAUGCAUAUUUAGCACAACUGUUGAAAUGGUGGAGUAGAUAUCUGCACAGAAAAUUCAAAAAGAACCUCAGUGUACUGGCAGAAGUUGAUCUGCUUGGUUAUUGUGCAAGAGAAUGGAAAGGAGAAACCAAGCAAGCCAAGCAGAUGAAGGCGGCUUAUAAAGAACUAUUUUGGAGACAUCGCGUUAAAUAUAUACGACCAGUCCGAAGAGAUAACUACAGUGCAUUAAGGGCUGUGCUGUUUCAGAUAUUCAGUCAAGGCAUUUAUUUUCCACCAUGGAUGAGGGAGAGAGACAUUUUAAAGCUCCCUGAAAAACUUCUGUAUUCACAAGGCUGCAACUGGAUUCAGCAAUAUAGUUUUGGUCCAGAAAGAUACACAGGCCCCAAUGUAUUUGGAAAAUUACGUAAAUGUAUUGAAACAUUAAAGACACAGUGGACUGAAAUAAGCGGUGUUAAAGAUCAUGAUGAAAGAGGAAACAUGUGCAAUAUCCUUUUCUCUGAUGAAAACAAGGAAUAUAAACUGUAUGAGGCUAUAAAAUUCAUCAUGCUUUUCCAAGUUGUGGAAGCCUAUGAUCAGAUGAAGAGUGAGCAGAAACGUGUACCCAUCCUUUUUAGCCUCCUUUUUGCUCGUGAUACCUCAUCUGACCCUUUGAGUUUCAUGAUGAAUCAUCUGAAUUCCAUAGGGGACACAGGUGGUCUGGAGCAGGUUGAACUAUUUCUUCUUGGAUAUUUACUUGAAGUAAAGAUAAGAGUUUACAGGCUGUAUAAGUUUAACACUGAAGAGUUUCAAGUCAGCUAUCCAGAGGAGUAUCACAGGGAUUGGCAGGAAAUUUCUCUUCUAACUGAGGAUGACCAUCACUACCACAUCCCCAUUAUAAGAAUAAGAGAUUGAUUUCUAACCAUGCGGUAUAAGAAGUGACCAUCAUUUUAAACCAAGUCCUUUGAUGGCAACAGCAGGAUUUCAAGUAACAUAAAAUAAUGACUACAGGACACACAGAUGUGUUGUGCAUUACCUUACAAUGCUAAAUGAUACCUAUUCUUAAAGAAGGGUGUUUCAGCAUUCCCUACCCACUGACUUGGGGAGAGAAACAAAGGCAAUAAUAACAAUAAAUGACUUGCAGUAGAGCUUUAUUCAAUAUAUACUCUUCCCUUUGUCUUCCCUUCUCCUUCUUUUUGGAAGGGUCAGAUUUUAAUGUUACCCAUCCAAAGUAUGCAAAGGGUUGUCUUUGCAAUUGGUUUGAGAAGGCUGUGCACUGCAGUUCAUUUACAAAUGCUGCCUUUUCACAAAAAUGUUCUCUCUCCAUACAUUAUAUACAUUUAGCAGGACUUGAAUUUCCUAAGAUUUUUGUAUAUAUGAUUUACUACCUUGGACUUUCCUUAAUCUUAACAUCAAGUUUACUUCUAGUUUUGUUAAGCAGUGUCCAGUAUAACAAGCAAAUUGUCUUAAAGUAUGUUGAAAUAUCUGUUCCCACCUAUGUUCAGUGCUUUUUUUGUGAGGGUAUGCACCUAUUUUCUCUGCAUAACUUAAAUGAAUUGCAUUCCCCUCGAGCAUACCGGCAUCUCUGUUCCUGGGAUGGCUGGGCUCCUGAUGGAAGCCCGCUUGGGACACGCAGCUCUUAAAGGGGACAUUGUUUUGGGCCUUGGUGUGGCUUCUCUUUUUUUUUUUUUCGUUGCUCAACAGUUUUCCCCCUGGUUUUCUUACAAAAAAAGCACUGCCUAUGUUCAUUAAAAAGAUGACUACUGUGAAGAAAGGGAGAUGCCAGAUGCAUUAAAAAAAAGCAAGGAUUGCUGUCUCAUAUAGGGAGCUAGACACAUUCUCAUAAUCUAAGAGAGUGAACUGCAAUUAGACCAUUUUAUAAAAUUAGGACGUUUAACUUUAAUGAAAAUUAAAUAAAAACAGUUUUGCAAUAUGUUUAUUUAUGGCACAUGGACAUUAUCCUAACUAAGCUGAAAAUUAUUUGAGUCACUUCACUAAUAAGAGAAUAUUUAAAGAGAAGAGUUUUUAAUAAGAAACAAAAAACUUCUCUUUAAGUAAUAUUGACAUCGUUGCCAAAGACACAUGUAGUGUUUCUCUUAUUCUCACAGGAAAUAAUUUACCAGAAAGAAAUGAGAAAUCAGGUCCUCAGGAACUAUACCAAUUAUAUAUACUUUUAGAAUACAGAGACUGAUCUAUUUUUUUCUGAAAUGAAAAGCCAUGUUUUCCCAUAUAUUUCUUGCAUAUAUGUAUAUAUAUUUAUGAAAUAAACAUAGAUUUGUUGAGUACUGUAAUGGUUUUGUUUCCUGAAAGUUUUACUGGCUCAGAUGGUUUGUUCAAUAAUUUGUAGUCUCUAAUUAAAACUGUGUGUUGCAUAAUUUUUUUCAUCUUACCAAAAAACCACAUUUCUGAUUGUUUUAUUUAUUAAAAAACUUUCUCCUGAAUCAAUAUGUUGCUCUUUUCUUUUGGUUUUAGUCUGUGUGGGGAGAAGUUUAAAAAGUGCUGAUAGUAGCAUACUGUUCUUAUUUGCUGAAUACCAACAAUAUACUCAUUGCUGUACUUAUGUGAACCGAAAUGGCCCAGUACGCAGAAAGGUUAAAAUGUAGUUCCCAUGCAGACAAAUGUGUACAUAAAAUGCAAUUCUGCAGAAGCAUUUGCUAUACUUUUAUGAGUGUUUAGAAAGUUUGUCUGUCUAUAGUAUCUAUACAAUAAUUAUGACUAACAAUAUAUAAGUACUAUAACUGAAGAAUGAAUUAUGAAAAAAAUUACAUUUGUACUAGAGAUGUAAAACCCUGUUGAAUUAGUUAUC